AUGAUUUUUAAAGGCAUGUCCAUGGUGGUUUGUGGGUCAAGAACUCAUCAGAAAGCUGAUGGGGACCUUGAGAAUAAACAAGAGAGCUUGGAAUUAGAUCUCUCGGACUUUCCCUCUGUGGAUGAAUCUGGUCAUGAAGAUGAAGAAAUUAUGAGGGAGGUCAGAAGACAUACAUUUGUCCAGCAUGAGGAUUCGAGGCAAAUUCAG